CCCGACAUUAAUACACAAAAAUAUAUAUUGUGUUUUGUAUUUAUACAUGGCAGGGCUGGGGACAGUUUAAUACAUCACUAAUGUAUAUUGAGCAAUUAACAAAUGAGACUGAAAUAAACAUAAGGAGAGUCCAGAUGCUGUCUUCUCGCAGUAUUUUAAACAACAAUGGAAUCGGCAAUGAGAGGGCGGGCAAAGCGGAGGCACCUGAAUGCCAGCGAGUGUGCUGAAUUGGGCGACAGCAUGGAUGGCAGUCUCCCCCUGACCCAGCCCAGCUCUGUACCACGCAACCAAGCACACUGCAGUCGCGGGCUGUACCCGCAAUCCCCCACCAAGAGGGGCAGAAGAGAAGCCGUACAGCAGGGCAUCAGGACGUUCUUCCCUGUGAAAGGCGUCGUCACAGUCAGCCCCAAAAAGGCCACCGCGGUUGUUGUGAAGAAGGAAGAGGAGACCGACUGGGAUGAUUGCAUCCCGGAUGAAGUGCUGCAAGGCCUCUCAGAGGACGAGUUGCUGCAGGGGUUCCCGGGGGGUGCACAGGCCGGGGAGCCCGAGGUGGCAGCUGGCUGCGGCAGCCAAGGCUAUCCUGCAGCUCUGCACAGUGCCAGCCAUGUGAAGCUGGAAGUGGAGGAUGGUGUGGAGCCGUUGCCUGAUGCCCACUAUGGGCUCCUGGGGAGCACUCGUGAUUGGGCAGAACCUCAUGGUAGCCUAGGCGACCUGCCAGAGGAAGUCCUAAGGAUGGUGCUGGUGCAUCUGUCUGCAGAGGACCUGUACUGUUCCGCCUGCCUGGUGUGCCGCCGCUGGAGGGACGUGGUCAGAGACCCGAUGUUUGUGCCCUGGAAGAAGAUGUACUUCCGCUUCAGAAUGAAGGAGAGCCAGGCUGUGGAAGAGAUCACUGCCAUCCUGAGGGACAAUGACAUCACUCCCAGGAAUGACUUGUGCGUGCUUAACAUGGUGAGGUGUACGCCUCACUUCCUGCGUGGUGUCAGGGUCUGCCCAGAGGAGGUACUACGCUGUGUGCAGCAACACCAGCUGUUCGCCCAGGCAGAGGCCUGCUUGAGGCACAGGUUCCCUGGGAUGGAGCAAGUGGAUGGGGGUCCGAACCCGUGGGCCGCCUUGGCGCUGAUGCUCAUCCUGGCCGAGAGCGUGAUGGAUAUGCUGGACCUGGCGGCCCAGGUGGACCGGUCCGGGUGCCUGCCGUUCCCCGGGGGUGUCUCAGAGUUCCUCUGGUACACGGCCACCCUGCUGCUGGCCAUGAGGGAGACUGGAAUCCGUAUUAGCAACAGGUGGCACUACAACAUUUUCUAUGUCCUGCACCUGAUGGAGAACAGCUCGGCACCUGCAACCCUGGGUGAAUCGUGGACAGAGGAGAGUGGCAUAAACCCUCCCAUGAAAUCCUGCUCUCGUGAGACCUUCCGGCCAACGAACGAACAGCAGCGGAUCCUGAGCCACCCAAUCCAGGCAGAUCACGUCGUGAAGGUCAUGGCUUUUGCAGGCACUGGGAAGACGUCCACACUGGUGCAGUUCGCCUGGCAGAGGCCACAUCUACGCUUCCUCUAUGUGGCGUUCAAUCGCUCAGUGGCAGCCGAGGCCCGGCGUGCUUUCCCCAAGAAUGUCGACUGCAAGACAGUGCACUGCAUGGCCUUCCGUGCCGUUGGCACCAGGUACCAACGGAUACGGAAACUCUCCAGCAACCUAAAGCCCUUCUCUGUGGCCUGGGUGCUGCCCAAGGGCCACGGUGGUUAUGUAAAUGCCAAGGUCGUCACCCGGACCAUCACUGCAUUCCUGUCCUCGGAGUGCAGGGACAUCGAUGUUGACCACGUCCCGACAGAGUACAAAACCACCAAAGGGCAGAAAAAAUCCCCGAGUCACCAGGAGAAGCUGAUGUUUGCAAGUAUCGCUCAGGAUAUUUGGGAGAAAAUGAAGGAUCUGACGCCGAUGAGGAAGCCAGCGUACCAUAUGACUCAUGAUGGGUACCUCAAGCUGUGGCAGCUGCAGAAGCCGUGCUUGGACAAAUAUGACGUGAUCUUCAUUGACGAGGCUCAGGACUGCAGUCCAGUCAUCCUGGAUAUCAUGAUGUCCCAGCGCUGUGGGAAGGUCCUGGUAGGAGACCCUCACCAGCAGAUCUAUACAUUCAGGGGAGCAGUCAACGCCAUGCAGACGGUGCCUCAUACUCACCUGUACUACCUAACGCAGAGCUUCAGGUUUGGCCCAGAGAUUGCCUACGUGGGAGCCACCAUUUUAGAGGCCUGUAAAAAUGUGACAAAGACGUUGGUUGGCGGGAAAUGGGAAGGUAGCGUGAGGGGGGAGAGCGACCCCGCCGAAGGCCUCCAGUACUUCAGUCCAGCGGAUCCUCGGAAGGGGAAGGUGGCCAUUUUGUCGCGGCAGAACGGCACCGUGUUCGACGGGGCCGUGAGGCUCACUGAAUCUGAGCCGCGUCCAAGGCUGCACAUUGUUGGGGGUGUUGAAAACUUUGGACUUGGGACCAUCAUGGAUCUCUGGGUGUUGAUGCAGCCAGAAGAGGAUCGAAAGAGAAAGAACCUGUCAAUCACGGACUACUUCAUCAGAGGGUUCUGUAGGGCGAACCUUGGCGGCUAUGCAGGCUUGAAACACUAUGUUCUCCAGUCGGAGGACCUCAAUCUGGAGGUCAAGCUGAUCAUCGUGGAGAAGUAUAACGUGCGCAUCCCUGAGCUGGUGGAUCGGAUCCGUGCUUUGUCUGUGGACGACCCACGCCACGCCGAUGUGAUCCUGGGGACAGUCCACAAGUCCAAAGGGCUGGAGUUCGACACGGUGGUCGUCACGGACGACUUUGUGAAGAUGCCCUGUGCCCAGCACAACAUGCAGCGGCUCGGGUACCAUCUCAGAGACGUCCCGGACGAUGAGUGGAAUGUGCUGUAUGUGGCAGUAACGCGAGCUAAGAGGCGUCUGGUCCUGACCAAGACCAUCGAGAACCUACUCACAUUGGCGGGGGAGUACUUUCUGCGCUCACGGCUGACUGGCGCCCUGCUGACGGAGGGCCAGCCUCCCAGCUGCUCGGUCCCAGAGUGCCGGAACCACAUUGAGGUCGAGUCGGCCCUCACCAUGUGCAAAGUCCCCAUCAGAUUCAUGCACUACACAGAUGCUGGGGGGCCUCUGUGCGCCACCUGCGUGGAGCAGCGCCUGGGGCCCGCCGCCUUCCUCGUCGAGGCCCCCGAGCGAGUGAGAGCCAUGCCAUACACACGCGAGCGGCUGGAGCUGCCCGUCAACGUGGCCAUGCUCAUGGCUCUCUUCUGAGCGACCCCCUGAACUUUCCUGAUUUAUCAGGAAUCUCCUGGCAUGAAAGCACAGCAUGACAAGGAUGUUGAGAGAGACUGAUGACUGGGCUCUGAGCCAGAGGACUCGUUCACAGUGCUGCUCUUAAUUUAACUUGUAUCUGAGGGGGUCAAACGGUUCUGCCUCUGAGGGCCUGACAGAAUUAAGUACACAGGCUUCAGUCUGCUUUUAAUUAAUGUUCAAUCAGCAUAGUCGUUCUCUGACAGUGGGAGAUUUUUUGGUUGCUCUAAGGUUGUUCUGUAGAUGUAUAUGUAUAAUAAAGGUGUGAAUGACUGGCAGGAA